CCUAUUAAACGUCAAAUUACUUUAUGAUUUUACAAAUUAAGCACCAAAAUAUCAUGUUUUACAACAAGUCUGCCACUUGUUUGGGAGUGUGGCUGCACUUGUGUUGUUGUUGGGCAUGUUGACACGCUGUGCGUAGCUGUAUAGAGAAACAGCUGUGGAUCCGGGUGGGAGGCAGACUUCAUUAGAUAAUACAGAACGUUGGAUAAGCGAGACUCUACUGUAGCAAUUCCCCUCCAUUGUGUUUCCAGGAGCAUCCCAAGUCCUAGACUCCUGAAAACAGAAUGAUGUGCUGCUUUUUGCAAUCAGAGAGAUAUACUAUUCCCUGAAAAAAGAUGUGGAGUUUUGUGUGCGGACUUUUGAAAGGAACUGGUGGUUUACAGACCAGGAGUUCCCCAUGAGUCCAAGAAAAAUGUAAAACAGCAACCUAUUCAUAGGAAAGAACCUGAACAAAACUUUUAAAAUUAAAUGAUAACUCCACGUUUUAGAAACCUGUUACAAGUAUCCAUUUGCUUUAAAAGCAGAAGUAGGACCCUGAGGCACCAAGUGGACUGUAACCUCUAAUAUUGUCACCAAUGGUUGGGGAUGAUGAGAAGAAGUGAAAAAUGCCAGGAUGGACAUAGGCCAUAUGACUCUCCAGACUAUCUGAAAGACCCUGUCUCCUUAUCUAUACCUGCCAGGACACUUAGGAUCUUCAGAAUGAGUCUGCAAAUCUUGAAGGGAGAAAAUAUUAGUGAUGACAUAGGUGCUGAAAACUGUGCCAUACUCGUCACAUCUCCAGAGCUCACAGGCAGGCCUUCCAUUCUUCGUCCAUCACAGAAAGAAAAUGUUCCACCAAAAAAAAUAAAGAAGUUUAUGAAGGUAACUUUUCAAACUCCUAUCCGGGAUCCUCAGACUCGCAAAUUCCUGAGUCCAGAUGUAAGGAAGAAACCUGAAACUUCUCCAUUAGUAGAUGACUGCAUUCCAAAAGAUCUUCUCUUGCCUCCAGUCAGUGUUGAGAAUCAACCACUACUAAUAACAGAUACUGAUUUAGCAAAAGAGGAGAUAGCGACAGAAGGAAAGCUCAGCUUUGAUUCUCCAAAUGAUGUCAUCCCAGAAAAAAACAGAGCACAUACUCCUGAAUCGUCUGUGUUGAAUGAUCCAGAUCCGUUCAAGAGCACCAGUGGCCUUCUGAAUUCCCCUAAAAAUCAACCAGUGUCUCUUUUGCAAGUUUGCACAAGAAAAGAAGCAAUGGAUAGAAAUUCUCUUUCACUUUGUUCAGUUUAUCUGGAAUCUGCUACUGAAAAUAAUCUGUCUGAGGAAACAAGCUAUGAACCAGCAAGUUCUUUUAACUCCACUUCAUUGCUAGAUAGUGAUUCCUCAAAGCAAAUAUUAAGCCUCAAUCAAGCUAUAAAGCAAAAUUUGAACAAUGCUUGCAAGACUGAGCUACUUUCAGUGGCACUUAUAGAAAAUAAUAUCUCAUCGCCUGUGCUAGAAUCUGGUAGCUUUGGAAGUCUCAGUUAUUGUAAAAGAAAAGAAAAGGGUAAAUGUCAAACAAGCACUGGAACAGAAGAGAAUUCUGUUCCCAAAGCAGCAUAUAGCUUUGAUUUUGAGAAGUUUGAUCCUAACUUCAACCCAUUUGGAGGCGGUUCCAAAUUACAGAAUUCACCUGACUGUGCUGUGUUCACCAUUGAAAGGAGUGAUACCCAAGAGGACAGUGGACUGUUCAAAGAAGCAGAGCAGCAUAAUUUCCCUGAGGAAUCAAGGGCUGUAGAAACAACAUUUGAAAAACAGAAAGAGAUUGAAGAGCAGAUUGCAGCUGAAGAACAGAAUGUAACAAAAGUAGAAACUCAAACUGAACCUUCAAGUGAAUUGAUGAACCAAAGUAUUGCAUCAGCUGUGGUUUUACGUCAACAAAGUUCAUUACAUGAGGCUGCAAAUGGUCUAACUCAGAAACCACAUCAGGCAGAAACAGUAAUGAAUAAUGGCAGUUUUUUGGAUAUAGACAAUGAAGAGUUCAGAUCACCCACUGAUGUUCUAGGAAUGGACCUAGAAGUAGAUUAUCUGGAACAGUUUGGAAUGUCCUCGUUCAAGGAGUCUGUUCUAAGAAAGGAAUCUCUCUACCUGAAGUUUGACCCUCUCCUGAGUGAAAGCCCUAAAAAUUAUGUUGAUGAUGUUAAGGAAGUAAAGUCUACAGGAGUCGCACUACUUCAAAAUGAAAAUUCAGUAGCCAUGACAGUGAAUGAAGUAAAAACAUCUGAUGAACAUGAAGAAAAGCCGUUGGUGCUUGAUCUUUUUGGAAUUUCCCCAGAUCCAGUCAAAACUCUACAACCCACCCUAGAUGAAAAGAAUCCUUCAGUAUUCCCUUGUGCUCUGCCCACUGAGGCCAUCAUUGAAGUGCUGAAAUACAGUCAGAAAGGCAUGGAUGCAGCUGUAGAAAAGAUUAAGCAUGAGACGGAUAUUGUUGUUAAAAAGCUUACUUCAGAGGUGCAAGAAAAGCAAAGAGAAGCUUUGGAGUGGAAAAUGAAGCAUGACAAAAUUUAUAUUGAAAGUAAAGAAAUGGGAACAAUUGUUGCAGAAUUUGAAGGCACCAUUACACAAGUGAUGGAAGAGGGCGAGAGUCAGAAAGAGCUUGCAAAAAAAGAAUUGCAGAAAGUACUUGAUGAAAAACAGCAAGUUGUAUCUGAUUUGAAAUCCAUGGAGAAAUCUUUCUCGGAACUCUUCAAGCGAUUUGAAAAACAGAAAGAGGCAAUAGAAGGAUUUCAGAGGAAUGAAGAGGCUCUGAAAAAAUGUGUUGAGGAGUAUCUUGCAAGAAUUAAAAAGGAAGAGCAAAGAUACCAAGCACUGAAGGCACAUGCAGAAGAAAAGUUAUGCAAAGCAAAUGAAGCGAUUGCCCAAGCAAGAAGUAAAGCUAAAACAAAAGCGUUGGCUCUUCAAGCCACUUUGCGCAAAGAACAAAUGAGAAUCCAGUCAUUAGAGAAAAGCAUUGAGCAGAAGACAAAAGAAAACGAAGAACUCAUAAAAAAUUGUGAUGACUUGAUUUCGAAGAUGGAAAAUGCGAUAAUCUGAACCAUCCCAUUUUUUCAUGCUGGUUCUUAAUUCAGACUUGGGAUAGUUAAUAAUGAAAUUUAAUGACUAUUUUCAUUUGCACUUGUUUAGCUUUAUUGUUUUUCUAUGAAAACUUCUAUAUUCUCUGCUGUUAUUUACAAAAAGCAAAUAAAUGUGUGGCACCAGUCUGCUUGCCAUUAUUUCUGUAAAUAGAAACUAUUGGGUUUUAGGUUUAUUAUUAUUUUUAUUUCCCUGAAAUGCCACAAUCCUGUUCUGUACCACCACAAAAAAAUUUUUUUUUCUCCUGAGUGUCCACCAAUAGACAUGGGAAGUCGUUUCAUUACAUCUUCACCUAAUGAGCCCAUUUAGGCUCAUAAGAGGGCAUCUCUUCCCAUUUUUAAAGACCUCUUAUGGUUAUGAAAUGUUCUAUAGCAAAAACUGGGUAGAAUUUCCCUGCAUUUCGGGGAAUUUUUUGUAUAUCAUGAGGGCCAGAAUAAUAACCGAAGUGCCUCAUACCAGUCCACUCUGCUCUGGAUCAAGUGUUUCAAGCGUUAUUCGAUUUCCGCGAAGAAGGAAUGGGAAGAAGUUUUAACUGAUUAAAAAUAAAAUAGAUUAUAUUAUUUGCA